GAACAAGAGAUCAUGUCUUCACUGCAUCCUUUCAGAUUAAGUGUCUCAUCGGUUCUGGGGGCCCAUCCACGGAUGGUGUGUCAUUUUUUUCUAGAUCACGUCUUCGAAGUGCCAAAGCUCAAGCCCCAAUUCAAUUGGCAAUUUACGAAAGACUAAACAUUACGGAGUAUUUUAAAUGAAGCUAAAAGGAAAAGUUUAUAUGCGGUUCUGAAGCAGAAGAAAGGGUCGAGACUCGAGGUUGUGCUGCUAAUUCAGCCAUCAGUUUCUCUGCUUUGGCCGAGCCACUAUUUAGUUUCAGACUUCAGUAUCAUCAAUCUCUCAUUCAGAAUUCUCUAAUUUUACUUUAUUGGAAAUUUGGAGUUUUGAAUAAUUUUGAGUUGCGCUAUUUAGGGUGUAUCUAACUUUGAUUAAUUGACAGAAUUUUGUUGUUGAUUGCUUGAAUUGCUAAAUGUAAAAAGGACGGACAAGCUUGAAAACGUUGUUGCUUUUUGACAUAUUUCAUAAUACAUAAAUAAUAAUAAUAGUAAUUAUCUCAUAAUGAUGUUAUUGAUUUGUGCUCCAUUUCUUUCUUAUAUAGAUAUAGAGGAAUGCAGAAAUAAAGGAUCACCGUUGCGCUACCAAUGCAAAUUGCAAGGACACUCCUGGCAGCUACACUUGUUCGUGCCCCAAAGAAUACAAAGGAGAUGGGUACAAAAACAGAACAGGUUGUAUCCUCAAGCAGCGUGGCAAUAAUACCUUGCCGUUAAUUUGUACCAGUGUGAGUGUUGCUGUCACAUUAUUUCUAGUAGUAAGCUUCUUCAUAUACUUGGGAUCGAGUAAGAGGAGGCUUAACAAACUUAGAGAGCAAUUUUUUCAUCAAAAUGGUGGCAUGCUGUUACAGAAACACAUAGCUGGAAGCGAAGGAUCAAGUGAUACAAGAAUGAAAAUCUUCACACUAGAAGAUCUUGAGAAAGCCACCAACAAUUUUGAUGAAAAAACUAUCUUAGGCCAAGGAGGAUAUGGGACAGUUUACAAAGGUGCACUCAAUGAAAUAGGAGUGGUUGCCAUAGAAAUGUUGUCAAGCUCUUCGGCUGUUGUUUAGAGACAGAAGUUCCAUUACUAGUCUAUGAGUUUAUAACCAAUGGCACUCUCUAAGAGCAUCUCCACGCCAUGCCCAAUCAUCAAAUCUUUCAUGGGCGGCCCGUUUUAGAGUUGCAUCAGAAUCUGCUGGAGCGCUGUCAUAUCUACACUCUGCUGCUUCUCCUCCAAUCAUUCAUAGAGAUGUAAAGACAGCAAAUAUUCUACUUGAUGAUAGGCUCACUGCAAAAGUUGGCGACUUUGGAGCUUCAAGGCGUGUCCCUCUUGACCGAAGUCAAAUCACAACUUUAGUGCAAGGAACAUUUGGAUAUAUUGACCCAGAAUACUUUCACACGGGCCAAUUGACAGAGAAAUGCGAUGUUUAUAGUUUCGGGGUUGUUCUGGCAGAGCUAUUAACGGGAGAGAAGGCAAUUUCACCUACUAGGGCAGAGGAGCAUAGGAAUCUGGGGGCUUAUUUUGUUUCUUCUCUGAAAAAUGGUCGGUUGUCUGAAACAGUUGACCAUCGGAUAGUUAACGAUGUCAACUUCGAUCAACUUAUGCAAGUUGGGAAGAUUGCCAGCCGUUGUUUGAAGGUGAAGAGGGAUGAUAGGCCAACUAUGAAAGAAGUGGCAAUGGAGAUAGAGGGAUUGAGAGUUCUUGAGAGACACCCAGGGGGAGGAUUAGGGGAAAAUGAAACGUCUUCAAAAGAUAAUGAGUAUAUUUCGUCGUUUGAAUCUUCUCACACAAUUACUAAUGUGAGAUAUUCUUUCACUAGUGGUGGUAAGACGAGUGAAGGAGAGCAUGGAGAUGUUAUCUAUGUCAUUGAGUGGUGGGAGAUGAUGACAAUUUGUUCUUUAUUUUCCCUUUCGCUGAAUUUGGUUUUUUGCAUGCUAUAUUUUGUAAACGUUAAACUUUGACAUUGAGUAAUUAAUUAAUUUGUGGUUGUUUCUCAUCCCUUUCAACAAA